CAACAUCUGCAACUACUUUUCACUCGUUUGUGGCUGUUGAGCCUACUUUUUUUCUCCCUUUGCUUCAUGGGGAAAUGACCUGGUGGUUAGGGUGGAGUAUGGAGCGAGGGAGGAAUAAGUUUUUUCAUCUAAAAUUUGGAAGCCAAGUCAGUAACAAAAUGAAACCAGUAAAGCAUCUGUUGACCACCAGUAACAAAUCAGCAAAUAUUCCAGCAUUAACUACUAAAAAAGGACUACAUAAUUUACCAUUAUCACCUAAACUAAAGGAAAAACAUAAUGCAAAAUUAAUUCAUGAUAAAAUUGAACCAAUGGUCCUAAGAUCUCCACCAACAGGAGAAUCCAUUGUACGGUAUGCUUUGCCCAUUCCAUCGAGUAAGACAAAGAACUUACUGUCAGGAGAUGAAAUGAUCAGAAAAAUUAUCAAACAUCUGAAGAUGGUUGUUUCCACUUUGGAAGAAACCUAUGGACAUUGUGAUCAGAAUGGAGAAGAACCAUUUGUAAAGCAUGAACAUGAAGAAUUAUCUUUAUCUGUUGGGGAUGAUAUGAAUUCAUUCUUGACAUAUUGUUCGCAAUUUGCAGCUCAGCUAGAAGAAGCACUUAAAGAAGAACAAAAUAUUUUGGAAUCUCUUUUUAAGAAAACUAAGCCUACAAAUAAUCGAACAAAGAAAGCUGUGAAAACAGUGAAGAAAAAAGACAAAGGAAAAUCUGAGGAUUCAGAAAAGAAGAUGUCUCCAGAAAAAGAGUUUAAAAUUAAAGAAGAUUUGGAUCAAAUACAGAAAGUAGCACGUCUGGAAAUUGAGAACAAAGUCCUUCAGGAGCAAUUGAAACAGGCUUUACAGAUCACUGCCCAAAGCGGAAGACUGAUUGAAAAAAGCUCAGAGAAGAAACGAUCUAGCCCUGCUAUUUCAGAUCUUUCACAGAUCCUUAAGUCUCAAGAUGAAUCAGCAUUUUUAGAGAGUUCAAAUGAAGUUUCAGUUGCUGAAAACCAAUCCUAUAAAUCUCCAUCAGAGACCCAUGAUAAAUCACUUACAACACUAUCAUCCAGCAAAGAAGUUCAAGAUUCACUGUCUGUUGGAACAUUGGCUCAAAAAAACGAAACAGUGAUAUCACCAUUUAUUUUGCCCCCUGUUCUUACAGAAAGUAAAAAGGCUGAUGUUUCAGAAGAACAAUUACAAAAGAUGACUGAAGAACAAACUUACCAAGCAGCAGAAAAAUCUCAAGCUCAUAAUGAAGUACCAAAUGAAAGGCUUGUAGUUGAACAUCAAGAAUCAUUGUCAAAAACCAAAUUGCAAGUAAAGAAACAAGAAACUUCUACAGAGCAACCACUCACCAAACCAGAUGAAAAUCUUAUACUUAGGCAUCAAGACUCGAUGUCAAAAUCAGAAAUGCAGGUGAAGGAACAAAGAACUCUAAAAGGGCAAAGAAUUACUAUUAAAAAUGAAGCAGCCUCAGAACUUCCAGAUACAGCAGAAAAUCUUCCAGCAGUGUACCCAUCAAUUAGUGACCUAAUAAUUCGAUUUGAUUUAAACAAAGUGAUCGAGACUGAUAUAGAAAGCUUGAGAGGUGCUUUGGGAAGACGCUUAUUAAAUGAUGAAUUCAAGACACAGUCAAAGAGUUUCCCUGGGCCUGAUAUAGAACAAUUGACAGAUGCAUUUGGAAGAGAUAUACUAAAGGAUGAAUUCAAGACACAAUCAAAGAGUCUCCCUGAGACUGAUGAACGAUUGCGUAGUGCAACUGAGAGAGGUAAAAUAAAUGAUGCAAUUAAGACACAGUUAAAGAGAAAGAGUUACCCGGAGACUGAUAAGGAACACUUGGCAGAUGCUAUUGGAAGAGGUAUAAUAAAGGGAUCAAUCAAUGCACAACUAAAGGGUUACCAAGAGACUGAUAAGAACUUCUUUGCCUAUGCCAUUGGAAGAGGUCUAAUGAAGGAGUCAACCAAGACACGAUUAAAAAGUCACGCAGAGACUGAUAAGGAAUUCUUGGCAGAUGCUAUUGGAAGAGGUAUAAUAAUAGGGCCAAUCAUUACACAACUGAAGAGUCACCGAGGUAAGAGAAAGAAUUUACUUUCCAUAGGAAAAGAUGCUAUUGGAAGACAUAUAAUAAAGCGACUCAAUGCACAAUUAAAGAGUCACCAGGAGACUGAUAAAGAACUCUUAAAAGAUGCUAUUGGAAGAGAUAUAAUAAAGGGACCAAUGAAUGCACAAUUAAAGAGUCACCAGGAGACUGAUGUAGAACCCUUGACAAAUGCCAUUGGUUCAAGUAAAACAAUUGGUGAGAUAAAGACACAACUAAGGACUCACUAUGAUGUGAACUUAUUUAAAAACAAAGAUAUGUCCAUACAACGUCAAGAAAGUAUCUUUACUAGGAGCAUUACACCAAGUAAAUUCCCAACAAAAGUGAUCAAUUUAUCAUUCUUUGAAAAUAAAGAGGAAACUUAUGAGUACUCUUCAUCCUAUGUGAUUGCACCUUCAAAAGCAAUUUAUAGAACAUAUAGGGCUGGUUCAAGCUUUUCUAAAGACAUCCACCUUCCUUUACUGAAUCAACUCCCUUCAGGGCAUUCGAAAGUUGUUACCUUACACCAAAAAACUAUUGAAUUUACUCUGCCUACUGUGACCAAUACAAUUGGAAAACCUGCCUAUAAAGUGUUACAUGCUGCUACCCGAAAAUCUGUACCACACCCAUACUUUUGAGAAUGAAGGAAAUUCUGAGCAAGAUAAGCAACAUGACAAAUUCAGAAAUGCAGGGAAGGAAAUUGCAAGUAUAGAAGCCUUUUGAAAAUAACACUGACUCGUGUGGACGGUGCUUAUUGAAAAACAGCCGGAAAUACAGUGGAUCAACAGGGUAGGCCCAGAUCACAGAAGGCCUGACCAGGCAGUGAAUGUGUCUUUACCAUAUGGAACAAUUUUGAACUUCUAAGAUCAAGGCUUUUUGUUGCUGAGGGUAAGAAAGGAGCUCUGUGUUGAGGUUCCAGCUUGCUUCUAUUCACCAGUGUCCCUGUAGUGCUUUCUGGUGUGAUGUAAAAUCAAUUAAACAAAACUUGUGCUCUUCA